AUGUCUGAUGUAUGCACACUCUAUGAAUCCUUCAACUCCGAAGCCUCAACCUACGAGCGUCAUCUUGGAGGUAGCACCCGUCGCAUAAUUGCAUACAUAAUAUCUCUCCUCGGAGACCUACCCGAAAACCCCAUCUUCCUAGACAAUGCCUGUGGUCCGGGCUUCGCAACCGAAGCACUCCUAAAAGCAUAUCCAACCUGCCACGUCCACGCCGCCGAUAUAGCCCCCAGCAUGAUCGCCCUAGUCAACAACAACGUAAUCCUAAACAACUGGGGCGACAGAGUCGAAAUCGACAUCAUGGACGGAACCAAACUCACCUACCCCACCAACAAAUUCGACGUCUCCAUGACCAACUUCGGCAUCUCCCUCUUCUCAGACCCUAUAGCCGGCGCCAAAGAAAUAAACCGCACUCUGAAACCCGGCGGUAAAGCCGCCAUAACCUGCUGGAAAGACCCCCCUUUCUACUCUCUCCUCCACGAAAUCCACAAAAUACUAAAUCCCCAUUCUCCUGCCCUCAAAUCCACAUCUGCACAAGUAGAAAAAUGGUCCCAGAAGGAUACAAUGCGGAAUAUACUUCUCGCAGCGGGAUUUUCAGGGGAAAAUAUUCGCAUUGUGGAAAAGGAGGUGAUGUGGUGGAAUAGGGGGAUUGAGGAGGCGGCGAGGGGAUUGGCGGAUCAUUUUUUUUGUGUGCUAGGGAGGGAAAUGGGGGGGUGUGAUAGGGGGAGGUUGGGGGAGGUUACGGAGAGGUUGGUGAGGGAGAGGGAGCUGCAGAGGGGAGGGGAGUUUGUGGUUGUUUGUUUGUUGUCUAUUAGGUGA